GUUUACGUCUUAUUUUUCUCUCUUUUUUUUCUUGUGGCUGGAUUCUGUGGCAGUCUUUAGCGUGCGGUCGAGUGACGUUAUUGUGGGAAGCAUAUUUUCCUCCGCUGACAACCGGAUCGAGUCGGCAUACACCAUUCUCUCGUGUUGCGAGACGCUAAACAAAAUAGGAUCGAGAAAGAGAGAGUCGAAGGAGGGAGAAGACGGGCGAAGGGAGUCGAAUUCGCUAUAGCGGGGUCGCGCAAAAGGCCGGCUCCCUCAAGGUCUAACGUUGCCGGGGUAACUCUGUGUCUUAUUUCGAUUUUAACGAAUUAAAAAAGAAUGUUUCGCAGGAAAACCCACUGCUGCCGUUACGCCCAAAGUAAUGGCGGUUUGGUGGAAGAGAAAUUAAGAGAUGACAUUCAUCUGUUGUCCGGUUGUGUUGUUGGUGAUCGUGCGUCUGGCAGCGUGUGCGGCGCCAUACCACCCAAUUCGUGACACUUGGAAGCUGCUGGACGAGGGGGGACCUGGGACUUGAUAUUAAAUGGACCCCUUGAGAGGUGAAUUGAAGGCAUAUUAACUCCGACGAAAGGGAGAGAUAGAAAAGGGCGAGAGGAGGAGGUCAGAGUACCUGAAGAGAGAAGGAAGGACAGGAGCUCGAGGCCGUGGGCGAGGUGGCCGGGCAGGAAGGGAGGUGGGUGUGUGGGCCGACGAGGUAAACGCUGGUUGGGCGGGUGUCGGGUGAGCGCGGACGUCGGAGCGCCAGGCAGGCACAGUGCGACCCCGUCAGUGAUCACGCGUGCACGCCGACGGUCCGCGACAACGAACACGCGGCCGCAACGCCGGUCCAUGAGUGCCGCCGUCACACGCAAACAUGGCUGACAAGAGUCCAGGGAAGUCGCCCACGCCCUCGGGUGGGGGCGGCGACGACGACCGCGGCAGAACGGAAAAGCGGCCGCGGUCUCUGCUCAACAAGGUGUCGUUCUUCGAGCAGGUGUGGUGGGGUCGGGCCAGGUCGCCCUCGAUCGAGAGGGCUGGCGCCGGCCGCAGGGAGGGCGGCAUCUCUCCCGACGUGGAGGUCGGGACGGAGGUGGUGGUGGAGGACGUGGCCGACGACGGCCCCGGCCAAGAGAAGCGGCCCCGGAGGACGAGCGUCAGCCCCGAGCGCCACGACCAGCACCGGCGGUCGUCCGAGGAGGAGUGGGAGUGGGUGGAGGACGAGAGCAGCUCCUCCACGCUCGCCGAGGAUAUCGAGCGGCGCCUGGAGGAGCGGCGGAGGAUGCGCUCGAGCAGCGUCUCUCCCACGAGGGAGUGGGUGCAGCUGCGGCGGGGCGGCGACGAUGCGAAGGGCCACGAGCGCCGCGAGCCUUCGCCCGAGCCGUGGGAGUCCACCUACUCCGCCAGGGGCUCGUCCAUGGCCGAGGAGAUCGAGCGGCGCCUCGAGGCCCACCGCCAGGAGGUGCGACAGCGGCUGUCGUCGCCCGUGAAGGAGUGGCCGCAGCUACGGCAGUCGCCCGGGCCGAGGUCAAGCCGCGGCACUACGCCCGAGCCGAGGUCAAGCCGCGGCGCCACGCCCGAGCCGAGGUCAAGCCGCGGCGCCACGCCCGAGCGCGAGGAAGCGCCGGAGGCCGAGUCAAGGAGGAGCCCGGCGCGGCAGCUGGUGAGCCGCGAGGUGGUGGCGAAGGCCGAGCGCCGCGGCGGCGUGGCGAAGGCCGUCACCUCGACGACGCACACGACGACGGUUUGGGGCGCCGCCGGAGACGCCAAGCCGCACACGGAGACGCACUCCUCCAGCGACCACCUGGAGGAGGACGACCCCGACAGCGCUGGCCAGGAGGGCUUCCAGCGCGUCGAGGAGGAGGAGCGGGAGAGCGUGGAGCACGGGGACCGCGUCAGGUACCACCGCGUUGUGGUGCGUCGCACCGUCGAGCGCACCGUCAGCACGUCGCCAGAGCCGAUGGAGCAGGAGGGCGCCGUGUCCCCGCGGCUCCUCAGCCCCUCCCCGCCCCCCGGCGAGGCUGGCGUGGCGCCCCAGCACGCUCACAAGACUCGCAGCAGGACCAAAUCGGGACCGCGAUCCAGACUCCGAUCCCGCACGCCCUCCGUCGAGCGCAUCCUGGAGGUGGAGGAAGCGGAGGACUCGCCCGCAGUGUCUCUCUCCUCCUCGACCGACCCGCGAAUCCUAGAUGCCCCCGAAGAAGAACAGCGCACCGCCAGCGCCGCCAGCAAGAGCAGCGCGUCCCCAGAUCAAUCUCCCGAAAAGGCUCCCGGCGAGCAGCCCUCGAGCAGGAGCGGCCAGGAGGCGGCGAGCCCCGACGAGCGCCUGACGAUGGAGGCGGUGAGCACCGUGCAGUGGGAGGAUGGUGGCACCCGGAACGAGGUCCGCCGCUAUAGCACCCGGGUCCUGAUCCGCGACCGCGACCCGAACUACACCAAGUACGUGAUGACCUCCCGCACCGCCUCCCGCGACUCGCUCUUCUCCACCGCCAGCAGCAGCGAGGAGUCGCCGCGGUGGGAGGGCGCCCCCGCCUGGGUGGCCAGGGUCACCCCGCAGCCCGCCGACGAAGACGCGCCGGAAGGAGGAGACAAGGGGGUCUUCCGGCAGAGGUCCAAGCAGUACCAGCAGCACAUCUCCAGCCUCAAAGACGAGCAGGAGAGAGUACAAAAGAAAACAUUCAUGAACUGGAUCAACGCUCAUUUAGCUCGGCAUGUUCCACCGCUGAAGCUAAAUGACCUGAUCGAGGACCUGAAGGACGGCACCGCCCUGCUCGCCCUGCUGGAGGUGCUCUCGGGGGAGAAGCUGCCCAUCGAGAAGGGGCGUGUCCUGCGUCGCCCGCACUUCCUCAGCAAUGCCAACACGGCGCUCACCUUCCUCCAGGGCAAGAGGAUCAAGCUGGUGAACAUCAACCCGACAGAUCUUGUGGAUGGCCGACCCUCCGUGGUGCUGGGCCUCAUAUGGACCAUAAUCCUGUACUUCCAGAUCGAAGAGAACACGCGGCAGCUGGAGCGCCUGAGCCAGCUGAUGGAGCAGGAGGCGGGCACGAGGAGCGACUCGCCCUUCUCCGUGGCGUCGGAACCGGGCACCAUCUCCCGCGACCGCCCGCCCUCCGUCACGCGCCGCUCCGCCGCCGCCGAGAAGUGGAAGCUGGGCGCGAAGAAGGCGCUGCUGGAGUGGGUGCGCCAGACGGUGACCAAGAAAUUCGGCAUCGUGGUCAACGACUUCGGCGGCAGCUGGCGGGACGGCAAUGCUUUCUUGGCACUCAUACACUGCAUCAAUCCGCGACUUGUUAACUUGCAGAGUAUGGCGCACAUGAGCAACAAGGCCCGCCUGGACGCCGCCUUCCGCCUCGCCGAGAAGGGCCUGGGCAUCCCCCGGCUCCUCGACUCGGAGGACGUGGACGUGGACAAGCCCGACGAGAAGUCCCUCAUGACCUACGUGGCCUCCUUCCUGCACAAGUUCCCCGAGCCCGGCGUCACGCACGUGCCGGAGUGCACCAGCCCGACGCUCGAAGCCUCCACCGGCGACGAUAUGUUUAGCGAAAUUGAAAUGGAAUACACGGAACUGACGACCUGGCUUUGUCACACGUCCAACUGGCUGGACACCCUUCACGACCCCGACACGCACGGAAACAUCAACUAUGAGAGGUUCAAAGCCCUCAAAUCGGAGGCCGACGAGAAGCAAGUCAUCUAUGAGAAGCUGAAAGGCCUCAUGGACUCACAGUCUUCCAUGAUUUCCAUCACCUCCGAUUCAUGGCAGGAUAUUAUCGCCUCAUGGAACAAGGUGUCGCAGCAGCUGUCUCACUGGACGUGGCUCCUGGACGCGUCUCUCCCGGGCGCCCUCGGACCCAUAGGCGAGUGGCUGAGUCGCGCCGAGGCCAUGCUGGGGACGGAGGACAAGCUGCACGGAAACCCCGCCGCCCAGAUCGCCAACCUGCUCAGCAAGAAGAUCGAGGAGCACAAGGCCUUCUUCGCCGAGCUGCCGUCCAUCGUGACCAGGUUUGAGUCCCUGAAGAGCUCCCCGGACGCCAGCGUGAUCCCGCCGCAGCAGCUGGAGUACAUGGAGCUCCGCCUGAAGACGAUCGCCCCCCGCGCCGCCGUCAGAAAGAUCAAGCUCAAGUAUCUGGAGCAUCGGUACUGCCUCGUGGCCUUCCUGAUCCUGGUGGAGGCCAAGCUGAAGACGUGGGCGGUGAAGUACGGCAGGGAGCAGGAGGUCCAGCAGAUCCUCAGCGAGUACCGGUCCUUCGUCGGCACCAGGAACAUCUUCCAGGAGUUCGACCGAGCCUUCCUCGAGAUGCAGCAGGUGGCCGAGGCGUACAAGAAGGACUCGAAUCUCAGUAAAGCAGAGAGCGACGGCAUCGCCAAGUUCCUGCUGGAGAUGAACGAGCGCUGGAAGAACGUGUCCGUGGAACUCCGCUGCAUCCAGUCCCUCCUGGAGGAAGUGAUCACCUACUGGCAGAAGUUCGUCGACCUGACCGAGCAGUUCGAGGUGUGGCUCGAGCGCGCGCUGUCGAUGGUCGGCCUGCCGGAGGAGGAGAAGAUGGAGUUCUUCCAGGACUUGGGCGAAUGGCGAGACAAACACACGCAGAUGAACGAAACCGGAAACUUCUUGGCCGCCACUUGCAGACCCGAAGUGGCACAAGAGAUCCGCGAGAAACUCAUUACCAUAAACGCCAAGUGGGACGAGCUCUUCCAGGGUCUCUUCAAUGGAGAGUCCAUGUCCACUUGGGAGGUAAGUGUUAUCAUUGGCUGGCGUGUUGAAGAACAGGAGCCAAUCAGAAUCAAAUCUAACGUUGUAUAUCAAGUAUGUUUACUUGUAUAUGCGUGUAAUGAUGAUGUGAUGCUCAUUCCUAUCACUGUUUUACAUUUUUUAAUUAUAUACAUGUUUGGAUAUCACGCCUCAUUACAUAAUAAUUUCCCUCUACUUCUGUAUAUUAUAAGGAUCAUCGCUAAAUAUUUCCCCCUCACUCGCUUCAUCUGCUUCUUUAUCAUCGUUAUUCUCCUCAACCUUGUCUUCCUCAUCGCCUUCUCUUAUGCAUUAAGCAUUCACAAUCAAACUUUUUUUCCCGCCAUUCGCCACAAAGGAAUCCGUUCAACCUAUUCCACCAACAGAGCAUAUAGUCCACUGAACAACUGUUUAUCCGCUGACUCACCCUCUCUCUCUCUCCUCUUCCUCGCCGCGUCCGACCCUCAGUAUGUGCAGCAGUACCUCCACCGCGGACAGAUCCUGCGCACCAAGAAUGACUACCGCUCGGGCCAGGAUCGCCUCGAGCUGUGGCUGGAGAGCGCUGAGGUCACCCUGAACACGACCAAUGUCUGCACCGUCGAAGCUGUCAAGGAAUAUGCCGAGGAGCUAAAGAAACUGAACACAGAGGUCGAGGAGAUGGAGGUCCUCUUCAAGAACAUCUCCAAGUCCUUCCAGGCCCUCGUGCAGGAGCUCACCCCGGACGAGAUCGAGAGGAUGAUGUGGUCCUUAAAGCAAGAGAAGGAGGAGCUGGUUCGAAUCCGCACCGCCAUUCCCCAGAAGACCUACUUGGCUACUCAGAUCAUUACCCAGCUGGAGGCGGUGGACGCCGGCGUGAAGGAGAUCAACAAAUGGUUAGACGAGGGAGAUGCCCUUUUGGCGUCAUUCAGUCUCCACGGAACGAGUGAAAACAUCCAAGGACAACUUGACAGACACAAGGCGUUCUUCUCCCGCCAACUGUACUACAAGUCGAUGCUGGACACGAAGAACCGCGUGUACCAGAACCUCCUCCGAACCACCAACGGCGGGGAGAACCUCGACGUCCAUGAGCUGCAGGAGACCAUGAACCAGCUCAAUACCCGAUUCACCGAAGUGACCUCGGCUUCGGUUACAUGGGAGACCCGAAUGAGCGAGAGCAUUCGGUGCUGGCAGAGCUUCAAGGAGUGUGAGAGUGAGAUCACAGAGUGGCUCACAAGCGCCGAGAAGCUCUUCCAGGAGAAAGCCAUCACCACCAAGAGCUACCUGGAGUCUCACAAGGACUUCUUCAUCAACGCCCCCGAACACCUGCUCCUGAGGGUGGUCAACUCCGGCCAGGACCUGCAGAAGUACGUGGCGGAGUCGGAGCAGGAGGCCAUCAACGUGGCUGUCAAGAGCAUACAGAGCCGCUGGGACGAAGUCAUGUGCCACGCCCCCUUGCAUCUGCUCAAGCUGGAAUUCCGCCUGGACGAAAACACGUUCCAGAUGUACGUGCGGGACAUCGAGAAGGAGUUGGCGGGCGAACAGAACUCCUACAACAAGGGCGAGAAUGUAGAAAACAUUAGACGUAAACACGAGGAAUUCUUCGCUGAAGAAUUAAUUUCCCGUAUUGAGGAGAUUUUAGAUAAUAUGGACGUCACCAGUCGAGAAUAUGGAAGCAAGAAGAAUGACAAAAACCUGAUCGAAGACUGCCAGAAGUGCACAGCUCAGUGGCUGGAGCUCCAGACCCGCGUCGGCACGAUGGCGUCUCAGCUCGACCAGAUUCCCGAACGUUGGAGGGAAUACGAAUCUAAAGUGGAAGAGACAGUUGCCUGGAUGGAUGGUGUCAAUGACUGCCUGAAAGGUAUCAACAAGGAGGCUUCAAAUGCUCAAGCCUAUGAAGAACUGAAAGACAGAUUUGUGACCAUGUGUGGGGACCUGGAGAGCCGCCGCGAGUCCAUGAAGUGGCUGGUGCAGAUGCUGGACUCCCUGAUCACCCACAUCCCGGAGGAGGACGGUCAGUACGAGCAACAGAAGCUCGAGUCCCUCAUCGCUCGUUACAAAGCGCUCGUACCCACCAUUGAAGCUGCUCUGGUGCGAACAGAGACUUAUGCCAAGUGCUACCACUAUCGAGAAGAUAUUGAUAAGGUGGUGGGUACUCUGGAAGACGUGAGGAAACACUGCGAGGAGGAUGUUCACCCAGAGACCCUCGAAUCUCUGACGCAGCUGAUUCGUGAGCGGGAGGUAAUGGUGAACCAACUCGAAAACCAGAGAGACAACAUUUUCACUACCAUUCAGCGGGGCAAAGACCUCUCCAGAGAUCACAAUGCCCCACUCUUUGUCAGUGCUAUGUUGCAGACUCUUGAAGCUAAGUGGACUGAAGCCUACAACGGUUCUGUAGAGAAACUCAAUAAGCUCAAGAACACACAGAAGGUCUGGUCAGACUACACUGAACAGAAGAAUGAGAUCCUUAAACUCAUGGCACAAGCAGAGCACGAACUGUCUAACGUGAUCAGUCGCUGCAACCCACAGGAGGUGGCCAAUGAGCUGAGCAGCAAACAGGAAAUGAAUGAGCACCUGAAUGAGACCACAGACCAAAUGCUGCGAAAGUUGCACAGCCAUUCCUCCAAUCUUGUCAGACUUGCUGAUCCAGAGAAGAAGCCCGUGCUGGAGAAAGAAGUUGUUGAAAUUGAACAACGCAUGCAAACAGUCAUUGAUACAGUCUCACAGAAGAUUGAAUACCUGGAGCAGCUGAACAUAAAGUGGAUCCACUUUACAGGCACUUUGCAGGAGAUGAAAUCAUGGUUAGCAAAUGCCCAGAAUGUGUUAGAACGUUUAGUUACUCUUGAGAUGUCACCAGAAGACCGGCAGAAUCAGACUAUUGAUCUCCGAGCAAAGAUCAACCAGAAGAUGGCAAUCAUAAAAACACUGGAGGAUGAAGUUGAAGAGUUGAUGGAGGGUGAACCAUCUACUGAAGCUGUUCAGUUUACUGGUGAACUUGGUGACAUAAAGACAAGUUUGUUAACACUUAAUAAGCACACGGAAAAACACUUUGAGACUGUCCAACAUGACCUCAGUCACUGGCAAGAAUACCAAGUAGGUGUGCAGGAGAUCAGACCAUGGCUAGAAAAUGCAGAAACGAAAGUGGCUGUGGGCAUGGCAAGACCAAAUUCCAUGCAAGAAGCCAUACAAGCACAAGACACAGCAAAGGAAUUUGAAAAAGAGUGUGAUGACUAUUUGGAGAAACUUCGCACACUUUCUAGCAAAAGUGCUCAAGUUGCACGAAUUUGUUCAGUAGUUGAUGAAGUUGAUGCUUACCAUUCAAGGUGGACUGCUGUUCAUGAUGUAGCACUUCAGUGGAGUGAAAGGACAGAGUCUCUCUUGGCUGAAUGGGAAGAUUUCAACUACAAAUGUGAUGCUGUAUCCUCAUGGGUGCAUCAGAUUGAAGAACGAAUGGAGACUGUCACUGAAUAUGCUCCCACUGUUUUACGACUCGAAGAUCGAGUCAAUAACUUAAAGGACAUGGACAAGGAACUGGCAGAGAAGCAGACAGAUCUCAUCAACCUGACUGCUAUUGGAGACCACAUUUCUUCAGGAAUGGGUCCAGAAGGAAGUGCCUCUGUUAAGUCUACAGUAAGUGAGCUGAAGACUAUGAUCUCAAAAUUAGGUGAUGAAAUAAGAAGGUUGAAGAAUGAGUUGUCAGAUGUCAUGGUUAUUCGACAGGAAUUUCUUGCCAAGGUUGAGAAGCUAGAAACCUGGCUUAAUGGUUUUAGUAAUCAUUUAGAUGAGCUGGAAGAUAUUGAUGUUGAUGAAUUAGAUGGUAGUCCAGACUUGGUGCAUCGCCUGCAGCAGGAACAUGAUGAGAAGCAGAGUGAAGUGACAUCACUGGCCGAAGAAUGUCGUGAUGUUGGGGAUCGAUGCACAGGACGAGAUCGUGAAGAUCUCUUUACACAGUUUGAUGAUGCAGAGGCUCGUUUUGAGAAUUAUGGGCAGGUAGUUCAGUCCAAGAAACCUGCCAUUCUUAAGUGGCGUGACUUCUGGGAGUGGCAGAGCAAUACUGAUGAUGCCAUGAAGAGCAUUAGUCAACAGAUUGAUGCUAAACCCAAUCUUAAUGAUUUAGAGCAGAUGAGGAAAGAAUUAAUGAAUCUUCGUGAGCAGUGUCGUUCAUGGGAAGAUGAAGCAUCAUACAUUAUGGACUUGUGUAGAAAAAGCUCAACAACCAUUAGAGAUCCCGACACUGGAUCUGCUAUUGACAUUGAAACUAAGGUUCAGGAGUUCAGGAAGAGGAUGGAUUCUUUGGAAAGCAACCUUGACAACCGACAGGAUCAGCUGCAAGCAGUGAAUAGUCAGUGGGAAGCUUUCCAUCGUGUCAAGAAUCAACUAAGUGAGUUCUUGGAUGGCAUUACAAAGAGAGUCACUGAUAAGGAGUUGAUGCAGAGCACCUAUACAGGUGUGCAGCACUUAUCAGAAGCUGUUGAGGUUGCACUGCAGGAGAUGCAGUCACAGGGCAAGAUGAAGGACAAGUUACAUGACUUGGGACGUGCUCUCAUGUCUAGUGACUCCACCCAACUAGUCUCUGUACAAAAUGCCCUCACAGCUGCAGAUGGGAACUGGGACCGUGUGCAGAAUAUGCUAUAUGAAAUGCAGACCAAAUUCACAAGUAUCACUUCCCUUUGGAGGCAGUGCACAGAUGGGCGUGAAUACUUACAAGCCGCAAUUGCUGAGGCUCAUCGUAACAGUGACAAGCUUGAUGGUGUUCCAUCAGAAGCAAAUGUUGCUCAGAGUAUGAUGAACCUUUGCAAGAAAACUAUUGAUGCAUUGCGCAGAACUAGACCGCAGCUAGAAAGUUUUAUUUCCAAAUCUCAGCAUCUGAGCCAACAACUCGACAGUGAAAAGGGCUUCACCUCUGCUGAUGUGAGAAAACAAUCCCAGGAGACUCAAAAUAAAUGGCAGAGUAUGAUGGACUUCCUUAACCAACGCUCACAGAACCUAGAAGGUCAGCUGGUGCUAUGGAAACAAAUUCUCCAAGGUCGAGACGAGAUCCUCACCUGGCUCAGUGAUACCUGUGAAGCUCUAGAUGAGACACAGAUCACCCAUGAAACAGAAGCAGCUGCAGAGAAAUUAGAGAAAUAUAAGAACGAGCUUUCAAACUAUGAAAGUCUCUUCCGUGGGCUUCAGAGUAGUGCCAAACAACUGGAGUCACUGAACAAUUCCUCCUCUCUGACAAGGAUUGAGGAAAUCCUCAGCACCGUGACAGCCGAAUUUGAACAGACUGAGGCAGUUGCCUCCAAACUCGGUGCUUAUCUUGAUGAAAUGAAAGAGCAGGAGACAUCAGUAUAUGAGGAUAUUAGGGAUCUCAGUGAGUCUCUGUCUCAGAUUCGUGAUCGUUUGAUGAAGUGUGAAGACAUUACUGGAGAUGAUAAGAAGAUCUUGGUUCGCUUAGAAAUUGCCAGGAAGAUUGAAAGGGAAUUGCAAGAAUAUGAUGAUAAGAUCAAGGAAGUUAGAACUAACAUUGAAGAACUAAAAGCAGGAUUUAAAGGUUUUGAACCAAGUAAACUUGUCAAAGAAUUUACUGCACUGCAAAGGAAAUAUGAGGGACUUAUUGGACAAACUGCUAAGGCAUGCAAGAGUCUCCAAUAUGUUAUUGAAAAACAUUACCGAGACCGACUUUCAGACUUGCAGAGGUUCUUGUCUGUCCACCAAGAAAAAAUUGUUUGGUGUCAGGCUGAGCCAGGCAGUGACAGGUAUGGUGUGGAAGCCAAAAUCUCUGCACUGUCUGAUGUAAAGUCAAGCCUCAAGUUAGGUCAUGCAAAGAGACAAGACCUCGAAAAAUGCCGGGAGCUGUUUGAAAAAGUUGUGUCUGCUGACCAGCGUGAAGCCAUCCAAGAGGAAUGUGAAACAACUGUCUCUGAAAUGGAAGAACUAAGCACACGCUUAGAAGAGUGCCAUGUGUCACUCACUCGCCUGUUAGAAUUGUGGCAACAGUAUGAGCUCAUGACCGAAAAUUUGAGCUCUUGGUUGCGUGAGGUUGAGGCACGUGUGCGUACUGAUACCAUGAAUCAGAUUGACAUGACAAUGGUUCAAGAAAAAAUUGAAGAAACCGAGAAUCUCCUUGAGGAAGUCAAUAGCCAUGAUGAUGAGGUCUGUGAACUCAUGGAGAAAACUGAAGAGCUGAUGGAAGUCAACCCUGAAUGUAGGGCCAAAGAGUAUGCCACUCAGUUGAAGAAUAGGGUUCAAGCCCUUGUCAAAUUCUGUAAUACAUUCCUUAACAAAUUAAAUCAAUUGACAAGUGAUCAAAAGUUGUAUUCAGAGACAAUUGAGAAGAUGGAGGAAUGGCUGAAGGAUGCAGAAGAGAAACUCCAGUCUUUCGAAAUGAUGACGAGUAGUGGAGGAAAGCCUACUCUGGCAUACCAGUCAAAGCUGCAAAGCCUCAAGUCCUUUGUGGAAGAGAAGAAAAAUGGCCAGCAGCUCCUCAAUGCUGUUGUUGAACACGGUGAAGCUCUCUUCUCAGCCAUUACUCCAGAGGGCCGUGAACAGAUCAGAACAGACCUGCGCACUCUCAGGGAUACAUGGGAGGCUCAUCUAGAUAGGGUCAAUCAUCUGUAUAAACGUGUGGAGGGAAUUAUUAUGCAAUGGUCAUCCUUUGAUGACAAUUUCACUCAAGCUUCGAAAUGGCUGGAGGAGAUAAAGAGACGGGCAGGAACAGAGUUCGACCUGAAACCAACUUUAUCUGACAAGAAGGCUCAGUUACAGCAGUAUAAGUCUGUGUAUCAGGAUAUCAACUCUCACGAAAGCAUGAUAUAUGGACUGAAGGAGAAGAUUGAGUUCUUGACCGAUGAUGAGACAUCAAAGACAGUAGAUGACAUGAUCGACCAAUACCGAGAGUUAGCUGUAACAACCCAGCAGAGGAUUGGACGGUGUGAGGAGAUCAUCCAGCAUCAUGAGAGCUUCUUGCACAACACAGAAAAAUUCCGUGAUUGGCUUACUUCACAGAAGGCUGAGCUUGCACUGUGUGCUGAUGUGUCACCAGAGAGCAGUGAUGUUGAAAUGAAGAUGAGUAUCCUAGAUACCCUCGAAAUGGGUGAGGCAGAGGGACAGUGCCUCUUUGAUCUCUGCAGCGAGAGCCUGCAGCUGACCCUGAAAAAUACAGAUGCUUCAGGGCAUGCCUCAAUCAUAGCAGAUCUAGAGAGCCAAGAAAGGAGCUGGCGUAACCUUCAGUCUGAAAUUGCAGAUGGUAAGAGAAAAGUUGACGGCAUCAUGUCUCAGUACAAUGAGUGUGAAGAAGUGGUGCAGGCACUGAGAGACUGGCUCAAGAGCAUUGAAACCAAAGUCAAGGAUCAGUCUCUCAAGAGCAAUCUUGAUGCAAAGGAAGCUCAUCUUGACCGCCUCCGUAAGUUGGAAGAGGAGAUUAUCAAAAAGGCCCCCGAGAUCAAUGAUGCUCUGACCCAGGCCCAGAGCAUGGACAAUGAGGGGAAACAUGCUGUCCAGAUCUCCCAGUUAUCUUCUCGCUACCAAGCACUCAAAAAUGUUCUGAAGGAAAUGAUGAGUCGUUAUGAGAUGUUCAUUCGGGAGCAUCGUUCCUUCCUCGAAAAGUAUCAGGAGUGCCUGGAGUGGGUAGAGGCAGUGGACCUUGAUUUGCGUGAACAUGCAGAGGUGGUGGGCGACAUGAAGAUUCUGCAGAUGCGACGCAACAAAGUUGAACAGUUAAUAGAACUCAAGUCAAGUCAGGCCAACAAGGUUGAUGCGGUACUGGAGUUGGGUGAGAGACUGUAUGCCCACACAGCUCCCGACGGCCGUGAAAACAUUCGGCAGAUGCUGCGAGAGCUGCGUGAGCGCUGGGAAUCCUGGUGUGAUUCAGUCACCAAUGCUGGACUCACACUUGAUCAGUGUCUACAGCAAUUCUCCGAUUUUUCUGGUGCUCAAGAACAGUUGACCCGUUGGCUGCGUGAUGUUGAGAUUGCUAUGCAGCAACAUACCGAGCUGAAAAGCUCGCUGCAAGAGAAGACUGCACAAUUGCAGAACCAUCGCCUUGUCCACCAGGAGAUCCAAGCCCACCAGAGUCUGGUGGAGAUGGUGUGUGAGAAGGCCCAAACCCUUGUCAACCAAACCCAGGACAAGACCCUUAAUGUGUACAUUCACUCCAUCAAGACACUAUUCCAUAAUAUCGUGCUCAAGAGCCGUGACCUGCUAGAUAAACUGGACUUGUGUGUGCAGGACCAUGCUCAGUUCAAUACGCUCUGCAAGAGUUUUGGGGACUGGCUUAACCUGCAGCGGGACCAGCUCCAUCUGUGUGCUGAUGUGUCUGGCGAGAAGUCAGACCUUACCAAGAAACUGGACAAUCUUAAGGACCUGGACACAGUGCACGGUUUAGGAGACAAGAAACUGAUCGAGCUCCGGACCCUGGGGGAGAAGGUCGCCCUGAGCACGUCGGAGCGGGGCGGAAAGGCCCUGAGAGCGACCAUCACCUCCAUGGAAGACGCCUGGAACCUGCACCUGGCCACAGUCGGCGACGUCCGCGACAACCUGAACCGGACGCUGGAGCAGUGGCACCAGUUCGAGGAGGACCUGGAGCGUCACUCCGUGUGGUGCCGCGAGCUCGAGUCCUUCUUCAAGGACCAGCAGCCGUGUGCCACGCUGGAGGAGAAGCAGGCGCGCAUCGAGAUUCUGAACCAGAAGCGUGAGGAGGUGGUCCGCUACGAGCGCGAGAUUGACGUGUUCGUGGACAAGAGCCAUGCGCUCGUGCGCAUCUCGAGCAUCGACCGCCUCAAGCCGCUGAUCACGCAGCUGAGCAACCGCUACCAGGCGCUGCACGUGCUCACCAAGGAGGCCGUGACCAAGUGGCGCGGCGUCCUGGCCGACCACGUUUCCUACGAGGAGAAGUUCGACGAGAACGAAAAGUGGCUCGACACCAUGGACGAGUCGGUGGAGAGCCUGCUGAGUGAGAAGGACGCCGAGAAGAAGGAGAGCAAGCUGCAGCACCUGCUGAGCGAGCGCGAGCAGGCCACGCACCGCCUGGGCUCCAUCACAGCUCUCGGCGAGAGGCUCUACCCCGACACCGCCACCGUCGGCCGCGAGAAGCUGCGCAUGGACCUCAGGGCCAUGCGGGAGCGCUGGGAGAAGAUCGAGGCCUCCAUCGUGGAGCAGCAGCGCCGCCAGGAGGCCCAGACGCUGCAGUGGUCGUCCUUCUCGGACAGCAUCCAGGCGGCUAGGAACUGGCUCGACAACAUGGAGAAGACCAUCGUGGUGGACCCGUCCAACUGGCUCUCGGUCCAGGAGCUCCGCUCGAGACUCCUCAAGCUGAGGACUACCCUUCAAGACAUCACCUCCCACAAGCGAGUCCUGGACGCGGUGAAGGAGCGGGCGGGCUACCUCCUGCAGGCGUCCCCAAGCAACAAGGACGUGAUGGACGCCAUGGCCGAGGUGGAGGCCCGGCACGAAGCCCUCGCCGCCAACACGCGCAAGAACAUCGAGGAGCUGGAGUGGAUGACCGACAACCUGAGCGCCCACCAGGAGCUCUACGCGACGCACCAGGAGUGGCAGAAGGACAUGUGGGAGAAGCUGCACUCGCAGACGGACUAUUCAGGCAACAAGGGGAUGUUGCAGCAGCGCCUCGACCGCAUCGCCGAGCUCGAAGACGCCAAGAGCGACGGGCGUAACAUGAUCGCAAAGAUUGGCUCCCACGCCCACCAGAUCCUCGAGAAGCUUCCCGCCCGCGGCAGAGAGACCACGGAGAGGGAGAUCAAUAACAUGAAGUACGAGCUGGCCAAGUUCGCCAGCACCCUCGCCGACGUCAAGCACGGGCUGGAGGAGCGCCUUCAGCAGUGGACGGAGUACGAGAGCACCUUCGACCGCAUCAUCUCCUGGCUGAACGAGUCGGAGGCCACGCUCAAGAACUACGGCCCCAGGAACUCGCUGCAGGAGAAGACCGAGCAGAUGGAGCGCUUUCAGGGCCUGGUGUUCAGCAUCAUGCAGAAUCAGGGCGAAAUCGACAAGAUGAGUGACGAUUCCUCCGAUCUGAUGGGCGUUUCCGGCGACACGAGGAUUUCCGUCAACGUCCAGCAGAUUACCUCACGCUUCAAGGCGGUGCAAGUUACGGCUCAGGAGAUCUUGAAGAAGUGUGAGGUUAGCGUGAGUGACCACAAAGCCUUCAUCGACAAAUACAACCAGAGCGUGGGCUGGCUUACUGCCGCUCAGGACAAGCUAGGUAAGUGUAUUGAGAUGCAAGGCGACAGAGCAACAUUACAGAAGCGACUUGGAAUCAUCAAUGAGCUUUUGGCGGAAAAGCAGAACGCUCUCUCCCUCGUCAACAACACGGUGGAGCUCGGGGAGAAGCUCUACCCGACCACCUCCGACGACGGGCGAGAGGCCAUCAGGAUCCAGCUGGAGGACCUGCAGAGUGCCUUCGACGCUCUCUUCGACAGCUCCUCCACGAUGGAGAGGGACCUGCAGAAGAAGAUGGGCAGGUGGACCAGCUUCGAGGAGGCCAGUGAGCAGCUCAAGACGUGGCUGAAGGAAACUCAGGCACAAAUGCCAGAUGACAUCGAGCUCAAGACAACCUUGGAUGAGAAACGUGCACAGCUGCAGACUUACCGCAUGUUGUUGCACGAUAUCCUUGCUAAACAGCAGACCAUCCUCGACGUACGAGACAAGGCCGAAAACCUUCCUGAGAGAGCCGAUAGAGUCAACUCCUUCCUGGAAUCAGCAUCAGCUCACCACCAGGAAAUGUUGCAGAGAAUACAGACUUACUUAGAACGGUAUGAGGCCAUCGUGAGUGACCAUCAGCAAUAUUGCAAAGCUGUGUACGAGACACAAGAAUGGCUGGAUGCAACUCACAACACAGUAGAGAUGUGGGGUGAAUCCAGCAGCGACCAUAUUACCAUUCGUGCAAAUCUUGAAAAGCUUAAGAACUUGCAGUUGAGUUUGCCAGAAGAAGAGCCAAGGAUCCAGCAGAUACGUACCCUUGGAGAGAAGGUCAUUCCUGGAACGGUGGAGUCUGGACAGAUCAAUAUCCGCACCCAGAUCGACACCACCCAGCAAGAGUGGCAAGGUCUCAUUUCAGCCGUUUCCUCGACUAUUGAAAGACUCGAGGGCACCUUAAACCAGUGGGGCGAUUUCGAAACGAUGAAGGACACCGCCCAGAGCUGGCUCAGAGAGACAGACAACAAGCUCCAUGCUGUCAACUUGAAAGCAACACUUCCUGAAAAGCAAGAAACAUUGGAGAUGUUGAAGGCCCUCCAGGGUGAGAUCCGAGCAAAGGAGUUGGAGAUGGACCAACUGACAGAACGUGCUCAGAAUCUGUAUCAGAGCCACUCUUCUCGUGGGUCGCAGGUCAGUGAACUCUGUGCUCGCUACCAGCAGAUCUCUACCAGGGUAAAGGAUGUGCACAGCAAGUGGCACCAAUAUGUGAGCUACCAUGCCGACUAUGACAGCAGGGUCACAGAAUGUCACAAUUUCCUUGGAGACAUCAAGAGAAAGCUCAGCUAUUGCUCAGACCUGUCGGCCACAUCACAAGAUGACUUGGACAAAAAGAUGGAAACGAUUCAGGAUUUGUUACUCUACAAGGAGGAAGGAUUCUCCAAGGUGCAAAGCACUGUUGAGCUGGCACAGACCGUGCUGGCCAAUACAGCUCCUGCAGGUCAUGACCAGAUCAAUCAGGCAGUUGAGGAAUUGCAACAAAGCUGGAGUGCUCUUGCCUCCAAGAUGGUAGAAACUAAGACCUAUUUGGAUGAGACACUUCACCGAUGGGCAGGCUUCCUGGAAAACAUUCAUCAGCUGAACAAGACCAUCGAGCAUGUUGAGCACACUCUCUCCGACGUUAGCCAAUUCCAGGCAACAUUGUCAGAAAAGAGAGCUCAACUGGAGAGACUGAAAAGUCUAGAGGAAAAACUGCGAUGUGAGAAGUAUGAGGUGGAGAGCCUGAAGGCAAAGGCUUCUGAGAUGAUUGCCAGUGGACAGCAGGCACAGGCAGCCUCACAGGCUCAGGGCAUCCUCAAGCAAUUUGAAAAUCUCUCAGAGCGCAUCAAGACCUUGCGUGGUGAAAGAGAAACUCAGUAUCGUGAUCACCGCCACUACAAAGAAGCCUAUGAUGAUCUCCAUGCUUUCGUCAACAGGACAAGAGACAAGAUUCCAGCACUCAAGCAGAGGAAUCUUGGUGAUAGGCUGUCCAUUGAGACAGCAGUACAGGCUCUAGAUACCCUGCUCACUAGACAGGCUCAAGGUCAAAUACUGGUGGACCAACUCCUCCACCGUGGUGAGGUGCUCCUCCACUCCACCUCUCAGUCAGGCCAGGAGCACUACAGGAACGAGAUGAGGGCCGUGAAGGAAAGCUUCGAGAGUCUUUUCCAGGACAUUUCCAAGCAAAAGGAGAACCUCCAGAAGACAGUUGUGCAAUGGCGUGACUACAAAGACGAAUAUGAAAAGCUUUCCGACUGGCUACAGAAGGCUGAUGCCGAUAUGAAGGCUUACAAGACGAUGCUGUAUGCCAGUAUUGGGGAGAAGACACAGCAGGUCAAUAAUGUCAAGGACCUACUUGAGAGUCUUGGAAAACAACAAGUUCAACUGAAGAAACUAAAUGAGCUCUCCCAAACGCUCCAGGAAACACACCUAGAUUCUUUCGUACAGAACCAGAUGCGGCACCUCAAUUCCCGUUACCAGGUCCUUAUUAACAUGGCAAAGGAUGUCCUUAGGAAGGUAGAGUCUAGCUUUGACCAGCAUCGCCAGUAUGAGACCUAUAUGAGUAAGGCAAGAGAAUGGAUUGACAAUGCUCGCAUGGUUGUGAGGGACUGUGUCGAUAUGUCUCCUGACUCAGGCAAGGAAAGCCUUGAGCGACACCUCGAGAUGAUCCAGUCAUUGAUGAGGAAGCAGGAGGAAGGUCAAGCCCUUGUUCACCAGACUGUCAACUGGGGUGAAAAAGUUCUUCGCAAUACACGCUCAGAUGGACGUGAUACUAUUAAUGACUCAUUAGAGGAGCUUCAAAAUGACUGGGACAAACUGAUCAAGAAGUUGUCAAGUGCUAAAGUAACACUGGAGACUAAUCUUCUCCAAUGGGCUGAUAUGAGUGCCUCUUACAGCAAUAUGCAGCAAUGGAUCAGUGAGAGAGAGGCCAAACUCCAACAGCUCACAACUGCCAUGGCCUCCUCUUCCAAGAGGAGCUCUGGCUUGUCACACAGAAUAUCUACUCUAAGCAUUGGAGAGCGCAAGGCUAAUCUUCGCCGUACAAGCAGUAUUGUUCAGGAUAUUGUUUCCUUUGAACCAAUGAUUGAAUCUGUUACCUCAAAGGCAACAGAAAGCCAGGCCAGCAGGUAAAGAGCAACGCCUCAGAGAAUUUCAAGUAAGUACCAGAGCUUGAGUAAGCAAGCCAAGGAACUUCUUGAGAAGCAGAAAGACAUGGUAGACCACCACCAGGAGUUUGUAGAUGCAGGUAACGAGUUUCAUGCAUGGCUCAGGGCUGCCAAGGAGAGGAUGGCCAAGUGUGCAGAGCCAACAGGUGACAAGGAUACCAUCAGUGGUAAAGCAACUAUCCUCAAGAUGCUACAGAACGAACAAGAAGAAGGCCAAAAGAAACUUGACAAGGCCUUCCUCUUGGCUGAGAGGGCAUGCAACCUGGCUGAUGAUGAGGACAAAGAAGUCAUAGAGGAAGAAGUGGCAUUCCUGCAAGACGAAUUUGACACUUUCCUGGGUCAAGUGGGUAAGACGAAGAACCUUCUUGAAAUGGGAAUUGUCAAAUGGACAGAAUAUGAAGAUAAAUUCCGAGAGUGUGAAGAAUGGCUAGCCAAAAUGGACGGCAAAGUACAGACUUACAACAAGCUUCAAAACACUGUGAUGGAGAAGAGAUCCGUCCUGGAAGAAUUCCAGGCUCUCCUCCAGAGCAUUUUUGACUGGCAGAAGACGCUGGAUCUUUUGAACAUGCGAGCCCAGCUCCUGCUUGAGACUUGUGCUGAUUCCCGUGUGAGUAAUGCCGUCACACAAUUGACUACAAAAUAUAACACAUUGCUAUCACUUGCCAAGGAGGUGAUGCGCCGCCUGGAGAUGCACUUCCAGGAGCAUCAGCAGCACAACCAGCUCUAUAGCGAGUGCAAUGAUUGGAUUGACCGCACCCGUAAGAAGCUUCAGGAGUGUGCUGGCGAGACCACCUCUACGGAAGAACUGAAAGAGAGGCUGGCCACAGUCAAGUCUAUUAAGAGCACUCUGGAACAAGGCCAGCACAAGCUACGCUAUGUGCUGGAGCUGAAGGAACGUGUCAUACUGAACACAGAACAGGCUGGUGCAGCCACUAUACAGGAAGAUACAGAGAAUGUACGCAAGGACUUUGAGAAGUUAAUGGGCGACAUAUACAGCCUCCAGCAAAACCUUAGCUCUAAGUUAUCCCGACGUGAAGAAACAGAUAAGAUGCGUGAGACUGUCGUAGAAUGGCUCGAAGAACUCCACUCAAAGGCUACUGAGCAGGGUGUCUUGUUCAGUGAGCUGAGUGACAAACGAGCUGCUCUUGAGAAAUACAGAAUUUUGUUGCGAGAUAUUGCUGCCCAUUGUGAUAUGGUAGAACGCCUGGCUGCUAAGAAGAAUGAUGAAGGAUAUUCAGAGGAAGAAGUUGAAGAAUGCAUCAAAAAGUACGAUAGUAUCAAGAAGUUGGUUAUUGAUAAUAUCAAGACAUUGGAGGUAUAUGUAAGAGAGCAUGAAGCUUACUACCAGGCUACAGUCGAGGCCAAUGACUGGCUGAGGAAGCUCCGCAUCACUGUGCAGCAAUAUGCCGACAGCCAUGGUGAGAAGAAGGAAGUCAUUGAAAAGCAACAGCAGCAAGAGGACAUUGCUGAAGAGUUCCCUGAAGGAGAGGAGCUCAUUGACAAGGCCAUUUCACUAAACAGAUCCAUCAUGGCCUCGACAUCCCCAGACGGUCAAGACACACUGAAGACCGAGGCCGACACCCUUCGUAUGGAGUGGGAGAACCUCCAGCAGAUGAGCGCAGACACCCGGCGCACAAUGGAGAAGUGCCUCCAGGCCUGGGACGACUUCUUCGACUCUCACAAGGCGUUCAGCGAGUGGCUGGCAGAGUUCCAGAAGCAGGUGUCCCACUCCCCCGAGGAACCCACCCCAGAGGACCUCGAGAAAUGGAAGACGUCUUUACAGGAGCUCCUGCUGGAGGCCAACAACAAGAAGACGGACCUGGAGAUCGUCAACGACCGCUGCGAGGUGCUCAUGGAGUACAGCGCCCACAUGCCCAUCCGGGAUAUGACGGUGCAGCUGCAGUCCAACUAUACCAACGUGCUCACCAACCUGCAGAGCCUCGUGGUGAUCGCGCAGAAGACGCUGACGGACCACACCGAGUUCGUGACGGCCAAGGACGACUUCGAGCGCUGGCUCAACCGCUCCCAGGGCACCGUCAACGACUGUCAGGAGGAGACGGGAUCGGAGGCCACGGUCCGAGACAAACUGGAGACGGUGAAGCUGGUGUCCACCCGACUCUCCGAAGGCCAGCACCUCCUGGGCGUCCUGGCGGAGGCCUACACCCGCGCUCUCAACGUGACGCAGGUAGACCAGCAGGAGCUGAUUCGCGCGGAGUUCACGAGACUCCGCGCCGAGUGGGACCAACUCAACAUCUCGCUCAACUCCACGCUUUCGAAGCUCAAGGGCGCCGUGAGCCGCUGGGAGGAGUUCGCAGAGUCGCAGACGCGCCUCGACGCCUGGCUGGUGGAGGUGGAGGAGCUGCUGGUGGAGACGCCCGACUCCCGCGGCGAGGUGGCGGAGAUGAAGACGUUCCUGGAGCGCUACAAGAACAUCUCGCUGCAGAUCCAGGAGAAGCAGGAGGAGGUCCAGACCCUGCUGGACGACGCCGAGGAGUUCGCCGAGAUGUCGCAGAACAGCUCGAUCCUGACGCGCGUCGAGGAGGCCGAGUCCAACUGGGAGCGCCUCAACAGCCUCUGCAACGAGAUCAUCAGCAAGCUGGAGGAGGAGAUCUCGGACUUCAACGAGUACCAGGUGGCGCUGCAGGACACCGAGAAGUGGCUGCUGCAGAUCAGCUUCCAGCUCAUGGCCGAGAACUCGCUGUACAUCUGCAACCGCGAGCAGACGGAGGAGCAGAUCGAGAGCCACAACGAGGAGGUGGAGGAGAUCCUGGAGUACCAGGGAACCCUGGACGAGGUCAAGAACAAGGGCCGCAAGCAGAUCGACCGCUACAUCGGCACGGUGCCCUCCAUCCAGGACAAGAUCGAGCGGCAGCUCCACAACAUCCAGGAGAGCUACAACUCCCUCCUGGCGACGGCCAACCACAUCCAGAAGCGACUCAACGAGUCUUUGGCCAAGUUCGAGGAGUACGAGGCCACCCUGGAGUCCAUCCAGAAGAACCUCGAGGAGUGGGAGCCCACCAUCAACGAAGAGAACGACACCACCAUCCAGAGCAUGGAGGAGGCCAAGUACCACCUCGAGUGUACCAGGUCGUGGCACAGCAAGCUCCUGGGAGAGAAGUCCCGCCUGGCCUUCGCUGUGCAGGCCUGCGAGGCGGCCACGGCGUCCAUCUCGCGCCCAGGAUCGCCGCAGGAUGUCAUCUCCCAGAGCAUCCCCGAGAAGGAGCUCGCCGUCAGGGCCAAGCUGGAAGAUCUGAUUGAACAGCUCGAGCGCGGUGAUGACGUCACAGACACCCGACGCGCGGCCAUGGUGGCAUCGUACGGCGUGUGCAAGCAGGUGGAGGAGUCGCUGACGGCGCUGGUCUCCCAGGUCCAGGCGCGCGUGACGACCAUCAGCAACUCGGUGGGCGAGCUGGAGGAGCUGGCGCGGCAGAACGACGCCAUCAAGAAGUGGAUCGAGGAGUACCACCUGCUGGUGCAGGACUUCAAGGGCCGGCCGGCCAAGCUGCGGCCGGAGGCGUCGGCGAUGGAGAUCUCGCAGAUGAACGACCUGCGCUCCAAGAUCAUGGAGAAGCAGAGCAUCCUGGACGAGCUGGAGAUCAAACAGAUGAACCUGGCGCCGGACAUGGCCGACUCGGACAUCCGCGAGCAGAUGAACCGCCUGGAGGAGGAGGUGACCAACCUGAUGGACUCGCGCACCGUGGUCCUGCAGCACAUCGAGGAGUACCGCAGCAAGUUGCAGAGCGUCUACAGCUGGUUCGACACCAUCAUCAAGCAGCUGGAGAAGUGCGACAAGAGCGACAGUCUGGACUCGUUCAAGAAGGCGGAGGAAGUGCAGCAGCUGUGGAACCAGUUUGAGGACGCGCGCUCGCAGCUGGAGGAGCUCAAGCAGAAGGCCGGCGAGGUCAUGCUCGAGCUCUCCAGCCUGGACGUGCAGCAGGUCGAGGAACAGCUGCGCUCGGUCGAGAAGAAGUACUCCGACCUGCAGAAGCGCGUCGGCAAGAAGAUGCAGGUGAUCGAGAUGACGCGCAAGGGCUACGAAGACUCCAAGGCCGACGUCCUCAGCCUCCAGACGUGGAUCAAGGAGAAGCUGGAGCACCUGCGGGACCUGCCCUUCCUCGGCUUCACCAGCAAGGCCACCGAGACCAGCCUCCUCGAAGUCAGCAACCUGUCGAAGGAGGUGUCCGCCAAGAAGAUGCUGCUGACCCAGCUCGAGAAGGCCGUCGAGAACCUGAAGGGCGACGUGGAGGACUCCGAGCUCGAGAAGCUGGAGAGCAUCCUGGCCAAGACGACGGAGGAGCAGGCCGUGCUGCAGGCGACGGUGUCGGAGGUCAAGAACGACAUGAUCGUGUCGUACGAGGAGCGGCGCAGCUUCGAGCAGUCCCUGGAGCAGGUGCGGGCGUGGAUCCGUGGCAAGGCCGACGAGGUGGUGUGCCCCGACCUGCUGGCCCUCAAGUCCGAGAACGCCGAGCGCGUCGUCGAGAAGUACAAGCGCCUCGACACGGAACUUAAGCAGUACGUCGAGACGAGCAUCGCCGGCGUGAAGAGGCAGGGAAGCGCCCUCUUCAAGGACUGCAACGACGAGGAGAAGGACGAGCUCCAUGACAUUCUGACGGAGGUCGACGAUAACAUGAAUAACAUCCGCCAGACUCUGUCGGGAACAAUCAACAGGCUCUCCAACCUCCUGGAGGCACGGAGGGACUUCGAGAAGGAGGUGGACAUCGCCCAGAAGUGGCUUCACCAGGCUGAGGUCGCCCUCCAGACGGAUAUCAAGAGUCUGAAUACUGCUGACGUCCUUGCGGAACAGCUGAAGAAGCUGGAGACGAUGGAGGACGAGCGCGAGUCCGCCAGCAAGCGAGUGACAAGCAUCGCCAACAUGUGCGAGGACCUGCUGCCGUACCUCACCGAGUCAGACAAGUUCAGCCUCGGCGAAAUCGUGCGAUCUCUGCAGGACAAGACGUCAAGGGUCAACUCCUCCAUCAGCGACAAGACGGAACAGGUGCGCAACACCAUCACGCUGCAGCGCCGCAACACCGAGAGGAUAGUGCAGAGCACGCAGUACCUCGCCACAAUCCAGAAGGAGAUCAAGUCCCUCAGCAGGCCGGUGGGCCGCCACGUCGAGGACGCCCAGAAGCUCCUCACUUCGUACCAGGAAGCCCUCAAGAAGGUCAACGAGUUCAGGAAGAGUCUGGAUGACAUGUGCGCCAGCUCUGACGUGAGCGUGGGAGAAAUGCGCGACAUGAUCAAGCAGCAGCAGGAAAUGAUCUUGAUCCUGGAGAAGCAGAUCACCAGGAUCCGCCAGCUGAUUCUGGUGCGGCAGCAGUACACCUCUCUUGUCACGGAGAUCUCUGGCUUCAUCAACCGCUACACGACAGUGGUGAAGGACAUCGAGCAGACGGAGAGGACCGUCACUGAUAAACUGCGUAAGUACGGAGAGGUCAUCACCAGGAUCCAGGAGUGCGAGGCUCAGCUGACCUCGGCGCAAGACAAGGGUGCCAUCAUCAGCGAGGAAGGCACUGUGGAGGACCACAACGCCAUCACGGAGCAGCUGCAGGCACUCAAGGUCUCCCUCAGCGGACUGCGCCGAGAGGUCGAGAAGAGGCACUCGGAGCAUGAACUGUCAGCCGAGAGCCACAAGCGCCUGACGGUCGAACUCAACAUGACAAUGGAGUGGCUCUUCGAACAGGAGUCCGAGCUCAAGACCCGGCCUCUUCUCACCCUGGAGGUCGAGAGCGCUGACGAGGAGCUCGAGACGCACGAAGAACUCGCUAAGGACAUCGAGGAGCAGCUGAAGAAGAUAGCUGACAUCCAGGAGCGCGCCAAGCAGGAAAGCGGCCUUCCAUACAUCUUGCAGGAGCGACUGUCCGAGGCCAACAUGGUCGUUGCUACAUUCCCUCUCGAGCUGGAGUCCCGACUCAAAUACCUGAAGGACGCCAAGAUUCUCCGCCUGGACUACGAGGACUUCACCACCAAGAUCAGCGACUGGAUCACGGAGGCCAAGAAGCGCAUCGUCGACGCCGACGGCAUCGACUACGAGAACGUGCGCUCCGACCUGGAGGACCAUCUCGCCUACUUCUCCAGCGAGGGUCUCAUCGGAGAGUCCUUGGAGCAGCUCGGAAACAUCGCCGAGCGCAUCGUGCCUUCGCUGGCCACCGAGGACCAGGAGGAGCUCACUAACGAGCUCUCGCAGCUCACCAAGGACCUCGACAACGUGACCAAGUCUGCGCGCGACCACAAGGCCCAGCUGGAGAAGAACGUGCAGCUGGUGUGUGAGUACAACGGUGGCCUCGAGAAAGCCCUCGGACUCAUCAAGGAGGCCAACAGCAACCUCCUGCAGGACGACAGCGCCAUCAACGUGGCCGCGCUCAGGGUCAACCUGCAGAGGAUCGACGAGGAGCGCGUGCGCCUCUACGACCAGAGCACCGUCAUCCUCGACUACACCGAGAAGGCCAACGAGCUCCUGCAGGUCGUCAACAAGGACAGCCACGUCCUCGUCGGCAAUCAGAUGAUGCAGGUGAACAGGGACUGGAAAACUGCCCUCGAGAACAUGGAUAACCGGCGCGAGGCCCUGGGCUCGCUCAUCGCCCAGUGGACCGACUACGACAUGGCCGUCCGCAGCCUCGAACUCGGCCUCAACAACCUGGAGUCUCAGCUCGACAAGGAGCUCGACCACGCCGCCACGGAUAACAAGGACAUCGACGGCCUCAAGGAGAAUAUCGAGAGCCUGAUGGAGGAGGCAGAGGACCUUGAGGAGGAGGUGGAAGGCCUGCAGGAGAGGGCAAACGUGGUCCUGCGUUACCUCCACACCGUCAGCGCCGUUGCCUACGCCACCGCCAAGGAGAACUUGGACCGACUUACAAGACGUCAUCCUGA